AUGACAAGGCGACUAUCGUUCUUGUUCUCUCACACGCGCGAUUCCACCGACAACAUCACCCCCGAUCCACCUCCAGCGGUGACUGCGAGUUCUCCUCAUAUUCCACCUCAGUCUGGUGGUCACCCCAAAUACCACAAGCUGCACAAACAUCGCAUAAUCUCCUCCUCUGCCAUCGAUCUCAACGCCGGCCUGCCACCGCUUACUCCCCCUCCCCUACUCUCCGACUCUGGAGCAGUCCGCCCUCCAACCAGUCACCACAGCGCCCCCGGCAGCACAUCUACGAGCCGGAAGAGCGGAAGCAAGCAGGAGUCGGCCUCAGACACCGAUUUUGUUGAUACCUACCGGUACGACCGGCUCCCCGCGCCAUGCUACCACGCCUCCGUCGACAAAAGUAGCGAAAAAGAAGAGUCGGCUCGCCAAACGGCAGUCCACUGA